GAGGAGGAGGAGGAGGAGGAGGAGGCGGUGCCGCCGCGCCCAUGGAUCUCCUGUCACGCCGCGGGUACUGGAGGAAGGAGGGAAGCAAAACACAGGGCUAAAUAUCAGAAUCUAUUUUAAAGAGGAGGUGAUAAUGCACCAUGGCAAUGGUCCUCAGAGUGUCCAGCUCCAGAGGUCCCGGUCCUUCACAGGCAGUGAGGGGGAAGAGCAGCAAUCACAUUCAAAUCUUCCCCAGUCCCCUGCAGCACCCUUCGCUCCUUCAGCCAGCCCAUCCGCACCACAGUCGCCCAGUUACCAAAUACAGCAGCUUAUGAAUCGAAGUCCAGUAGCUGGUCAGAAUGUCAACAUUACACUUCAGAAUGUCGGACCAGUAGUUGGAGGAAACCAGCAGAUCACCCUCACCCCUUUGCCAAUCCCCAAUCCAACCUCGCCAGGUUUUCAGUUUAAUUCUCAGCAGAGGAGGUUUGAGCAUGGCUCCCCCUCCUACAUCCAAGUUACCUCCCCGUUGCCCCAGCAGGUCCAGUCUCAGAGCCCAACUCAGCCCAGCCCUGGGCCGGUGCAGACAUUACAGAGUGUGCGGGCAGGCACUCCCGGCCCGGGCCUGGGGAUCUGCAGCUCCAGCCCCACUGGAGGCUUCGUGGAUGCGAGCGUCCUUGUGAGACAGAUCAGUUUGAGCCCUUCGAAUGGCGGACACUUUGUGUAUCAGGAGGGCUCGGGCAUCGCCCAGAUUGCUCAGGGAGGACAGGUUCAACUCCAGCAUGCGGGAACCCCUAUUACCGCUCGAGAACGCAGACUUUCCCAGCCUCACAACCAGACGGGUGGCACCAUUCAUCAUCUUGGACCUCAGAGCCCUGUGGCUGGUGGGGCCAGCGUGCAGCCUUUGACCAGUCCCAGUCACAUUGCAACGACUAGCUUGCCACCACAGAUCAGUAGUAUUAUUCAAGGACAACUGAUUCAGCAGCAGCAAGUAAUUCAAGGACAGCCGCUGAAUAGACCUAUGGCAUUUGAGAGGUCUUCGGGGGUCUUAAUAUCUGGAGUUGGAGGCUCUUCAGCUUUUGGGAUGACUUCACCACCUCCUGGACCCACCAGCCCUUCUCGAGCUGCUGUGCCACAGGGUCUUUCCAACCUUCCUCUUGCUCCUGCAGGAAGUAUAGGAGUGAAAAAAGUACCUAAAAAAUUGGAGGAAAUUCCACCAGCAUCUCAAGAAACAGCUCAGAUGAGAAAGCAAUGCCUGGAUCACCAUUACAGAGAGAUGGAGGCUCUAAAAGAAAAUUUUAAGGAGUAUUUGAUUGAAUUAUUUUUCUUGCAACAUCUUCAAGGGAAUAUGAUGGAUUUCUUAGCUUUUAAGAAGAAAUUGUAUGGACCCUUACACGCAUAUCUUAAGCAAAAUGAUUUGGAUUUUGAAGAAGAAGAACAAUCUGAAGUCAUUAAUGAUGAGCAAAUGCACACAGGUUCGCCAGUAGCUGGAACUGUGACUACUUUAGAAAUUGAAACAUUUAAGAGACAACAAACAAUGCCCCAAGCAGAUUCACCUAAGAGACCUCGGAUUGAUGUGGGCUGUCACGGGGUGGCUUUUCAGUGUCCAGCUGUGACUUCAGGAGUCCCUCUUCAGCAGUUAAUGCCAACAGCACAAGGCGGAAUGCCUCCCACUCCUCAAGCUGUACAGCUCACUGGACAGAAACAAAACCAACAGCAGUAUGAUCCAUCCAAAGGUCCUCCCGUGCAGAAUGCUGCAAGUCUACAUACUCCUCCACCUCAGCUUCCUGGGCGGCUGCAGCCUGCCAACGUCCCGGGCGCAUCCCUCCCAUCGACCCUGCAAAUCUCACAGCAGAUGAUGGAGACCCAGCCCCCAAUUCUGGUGAAGACCCAGCCAUUCAACCUACUCAUCCCUGCCGCCCCAGCUAGCCAGCCCCCGGCACCCCUUCCACAGCCUCUCACUCCAGCGUUCCACGUCCAGAUGCCAGGACAGCCACCUGCACAGGGCUCUCAAUCUCAUACGAUACAGCAGCAGACUGUUUCGCUGCUGCGACCAUCUGUGGAUCUUGCCGAGGCUUCUCAGCAUCUUCUGGCAGAUUCUCUGCUUCUCUCAUCUCUUCCACCCUCAGCUCCUUCAGGCACAACGCCACCCUCUGUAUAUCCUCUGCAGACAAAUAGUGCCUCCCCAGAGACCAAAUCCUUAUCCCCUGUCAUAUCCAAGCCCCCAGGCUUAUCUGUAGCCACAGCACCAAUAAUUCAGACCCCAGCCCAGAAUGCAGUGGACCUGUCCCCGGAGAGUUCCCAGGACAAGCUUGCUGAGCAAAUAAAACUGGAAAAUAACACCCAUCAGCGAAUUGCAGAGCUGAGAAAGGAGGGGCUGUGGUCUCUCAGACGACUCCCCAAACUUCAGGAGGCCCCACGACCAAAGUCUCACUGGGAUUAUCUCCUCGAAGAGAUGCAAUGGAUGGCGACGGACUUUGCUCAGGAGAGAAGAUGGAAAAUGGCCGCUGCCAAGAAGAUGGUCAGGACGGUGGCUCGGUACCAUGAAGAAAAGAAACUCAAUGAAAUGAGAAACAAAAAAGAGGAACAGAAUAAGUUAAGACGUAUUGCUGCAUCAAUUGCCAGGGAAAUUGAAUACUUCUGGUCUAAUAUUGAACAGGUUGUAGAAAUUAAAUUGCAUAUUGAAUUUCAAGAGAAACAAAAACAAGCAUUAAAUAUUAAGAAAUAUUCAAGACAAGGUAAGGACCCAAAGGCACUAGAAGCUAGCGUUAAGAUAGAAAAGGAAAGCAGGAUGACUUCACCAUCAAGAAAGAAGAGAAAAGCAAGCACAUCUUUGACUGAUGAAGAAGUGGAAGAUGAGGAGGAGACAAUUGCAGAACAAGAAUCAAAAGAGGCUCAUAUAAACCACCAAGCAGAGCUGUGCCGUUUAGUCCGAGAAGCCGAAUUGCCUUUGGAUGACUUAGUCAAGUUAUAUGAAGGUGCUUUUGUGGGAAGCUUCAAGUGGCCACAGUCUGUGUGCGACAGUGAAGAAACUACCAGUGAAGAGGACCUAGAAGAGGCCACCAAUGCCAGAGAAAAGAAGGAAGUAGUCAUCAUAGAUUCCCUCCUCAGCACUGGGCAGUACCGAGGUGUGGAGAAAACCAGUCCUGGGAAGAAGCACACGAGAGAUAUUGCAGAUGUGGUAGCAGCUGCAGAAACUCUGUUACCCAAGGGCAGUGCCCGCAUCACAACCGCGGUAAAGUUCACUACCCCAUGUUUAUUGUAUGGGGUCCUCAGAGAGUACCAGAAGAUUGGGCUGGACUGGUUAGCCAAACUAUACAGGAAGAAUCUCAAUGGCAUCUUGGCAGAUGAUGCUGGGCUUGGCAAGACUGUACAAGUUAUUGCCUUUUUUGCCCAUUUAGCUUGUAAUGAAGGUAACUGGGGUCCCCACCUCAUUGUGGUUAGGAGUUGUCAUAUAUUGAAGUGGGAACUUGAACUGAAACGUUGGUGCCCCGGUUUGAAGAUUCUUCUUUAUUUUGGUGGCCAAAGAGAGCUUAAAGCAAAGAGACAGGAAUGGACUGAACCCAACAGCUUCAAUGUGUGCAUAACUUCCUACAAACACUUCUUUAAAGGGCACCAGGCCUUUGCCAAAGUGAGAUGGAAGUACCUGGUUGUUGAUGAGAUGCAGCAGAUCAGGAACAUGACAGAAAGACACUGGGAGGCGCUUUUCAGUCUCCGGAGUCAGCAUCGGUUGCUCCUGAUUGAUACCCCUUUACAUAAUACCUUGAUGGAACUAUGGACCAUGGUGCACUUUCUGAUUCCUGGCAUUUCCAGACCAUAUUUGGAUUUUCCAGUGAAAGUUACUAGUGAAGAGAACCAAGAUUAUUGUCACAAACUUGUCAUAAGGUUGCACAGAAUGAUACAACCAUUCAUUUUACGAAGAUCAAAAAGAGAUGUUGAAAAGCAGCUCAGUAAGAAAUAUGAGCACGUGUUAAAGUGCCGUCUUUCUAAUCGCCAGAAGGCCUUGUACGAUGAUGUGAUCCUCCAGCCAGGAACCCAGGAAGCCCUUAAGAGUGGACAGUUUGUCAGUGUCCUGCAUGUCCUGAUGAAGCUGCAGAGGAUCUGUAACCACCCUGACCUCAUUGACCCCAGGCUCUCAGGUGCCUCGUAUGUGCUGGAGGCCCUCGAGUUCAGGACGGCUGCUGCCAUCGUGCAGGCACUGGAGCGCGGGCUCUGGAAGGACACUGACAUGUCUAUAUUUGAUCUGAUUGGGGUAGAAAAUAAAAUGACACAUUAUGAAGCCCAGGUGCUGCCCAAGCAAAAGAUAAGCAGAAAGUUGAUGGAGGAGAUCUACACCUCACCUCUGCCCCAGUCAAGGCCCCGGCCUGUCAAGAUUAAGCCCAACAGGUUGUUCCAACCUGUGCAGUAUGGACAGAAGCCAGAGGGCAAGACAGUUGUUUUCCCAAGCCCUCAAAUACAGCGCACUGUUGCGGUAGCCACAGGAACCCAGUCAGGGCAAGUACGGGGACGAUCCCCCUGCACAGAUCAAGCGGCCGCAGCACAGUUUCAGACAUCUCAGGCUCCUACCAGUGCUCCAAGACACCAGCCAGCAGCGACCUUCACCACAGCAACUAGCACAGCCAAUCCUGUGAAACAGCGGGGUCAGAACUCAGCCCAGGCCUCCCAGCUAGGCCAGACCCAGCCCCAGCCCCAGGCCCCCUCGCACACCAUCCAACAGAGUGUGCUUCCUCAGAGGCUGGUACUGACCUCUCAGGCCCAGGCACGGUUGCCUACUGGGGAGGUGAUGAAAGGUGCUCAGAGGGCUCCUCUAACAGCAACUCAAGGCAGGAUAGCUCAGCCGGAGACCCCUGUGACCCUGCAGUUUCAGGGAAACAAGUUUACCCUGUCACAUAGUCAGCUCUGCCAGCUCACUGCUGGCCAGCCUCUGCAGCUUCAAGGAAAUGUUCUUCAGAUUGUUUCCGCUCCAGGACAGCAGUAUGUUCGUCCCCAAGCAUCUCUUGUUAUGCAGACCACGUCUCCAGCUGGGACAGGGCGGAAUGCUCUUGGCACACCAGGCAACCAGCAUCAAGGAAAUAUGCUGGCUUCUGUGGCAGUCCCUCACCCAGUUGGUACGCCCAACAGAACUGCAGUUGUUAACCUGCCUUCUGGGGAACAAAGAGUCAUAUCCAAGUCAGCAGGAACUCAAACACAGAUUUCAUUGGCAGAAAAAAGCAGACUUUUAAAGGAGCGUCUUGAUAGGAUAUUUUCUGGCAAUGAACGGCGUUGUUCCAGAGCUCCCGUUUAUGGCAGAGACGUGUUGGGAAUUUGCUCAUUAUUUGGGGAAAGGAAAGCACCCCAGCAUUACUACACGGGAAACAAUUGGAAGUGGACUGGCUUGGUGAAUUGUUGUCCUUCCUCAUGCACACCAGAAAGUUCAACUGACCCACUGCAGUAUUUGAGACUGACAUCACAUCAACAGAAUGAAUCUCUACAGGAUGCCAUUAAAAGGGUGCUCCGUGUGCUGCCCGCUGUGAUUGCUGCGCCCCCUCAUCUCUGCACAUCAAAUCCUUCUCCAUCCUACAGCCAAAAAAUGAACCUCUUCAGACACAAUCUCAAAUUGGAGCUGGCUCCUUAUUUACACCAACUGCAACAGAUAGCAGCUCCGCAUUCAUUAGAGUUUCCUGAUCUUAGACUGGUGCAGUAUGAUUCAGGCAAGUUAGAAGCUCUCGCCAUCUUGCUGCAGAGACUGAAAUCAGAAGGCCGCCGGGUGCUAAUUUUGUCCCAGAUGAUUUUAAUGUUAGAUAUCUUGGAGUUAUUUUUGAACUUCCAUUUCCUUACAUUCAUCAGGAUUGACGAAUAUGCCAGCUAUGAGCAGCGUCAGGAACUGAUGAAGAAUUUCAACAGAGAUAAGCGGAUAUUUUGUGCCAUUCUGUCCACCCACAGUCGCUCUACAGGUGUAAAUCUUGUGGAGGCCGAUACGGUUGUGUUUUAUGAUAAUGACUUAAAUCCAGUGAUGGACGCAAAGGCCCAAGAAUGGUGUGAUAGAAUUGGGAGAUGCAAGGACAUCCACAUAUACAGGCUUGUAAGUGGUAAUUCUGUAGAAGAAAAGCUAUUGAAGAAUGGCACCAAAGAUUUAAUUAGAGAAGUAGCAGCUCAAGGAAAUGACUAUACCAUGGCAUUCUUAACUCAGCAAACCAUCCAGGAACUCUUUGAGGUCCAUUCUCCUAUGGAUGAUACUGGCUUCAGAGUGAAAGCUGAGGAAUUUGUUCUUCUUUCUCAGGAACCUCCUGUGGCUGAAACAAUUGCACCCAAGGUUGCAAAACCUUUUAUAGAGGCUUUGAACAGCAUUGAACAAGAAGAUGAAGAGUCAGCCAAGCAAGCAGAGGAAGUGAGAACAACUGAAAUGGAAUCUCUCCCCACCGCUUUCAUCUCAGACCUGGAUGACUUAAAAUGCGAUGAAGAGCCUUCACAGAGAGAGGAAUUGUUUGCAGUUGUUGAUCAACUUACUCCCAUAGAGAAAUAUGCAUUGAAUUAUCUGGAGCUCUUCCACGUUUCUGGUGAUGAGAGUGGACAAAGAAUAAUAGAGAGGAAAUUGAAGAAUGUGAAGAAAUUUUGGGAACUUCAUCAUAUGAGAGAAUUGAAGGAAAAAGCAGAAAGCAUGUUUCUAGAGGAGGAAGAGGAGUUAUUGACUUACACGAGGGAAGAUGCCUAUAAUAAGGAAUAUGUUUACGAAGGUCCAGAUGGACAAACCGAGAUAAUGCCACUUUGGACCCCUCCUACGCCCCCUCAGGAUGACAGUGACAUUCACAUCGAUCCAGUCUUGUGUCUAACGUAUGAGGCCACUCCCAUUCAGGAGUCUAAGCUGCCGCCGGUGUAUGUGAGGAAGGAUCACAAGCGACACAAAGCAGAACCCUCUGGUCGGAAGAAGAAGCAGCGGCAUGGGGAGGUUGUCAUUCCUCCUCGAUCCCUCUUUGACCGGGCGACUCCAGGGACAUCUAAGACGCGGCGAGAGGGCAAAGAGCAGAAGAAGAAUGCUCUGUUGAAGCAGCAGACCCAGUUUGCCAAAGCUUUGCCAACAGGGGUCAAAGCCACAGCAGAGUCUGGGCAGGACAGCCCGGAGUGGCUCAUUAGUGAAGACUGGGCACUGCUGCAGGCUGUAAAACAACUGCUUGAACUUCCUUUAAAUCUUGCUAUUGUGUCACCAGCACAUACCCCUAAUUGGGAUCUUGUAAGUGAUGUUGUCAACUCCUGUAGCCGGAUUUACCGCUCUCCCAAACAGUGCCGAAACCGCUAUGAAAAUGUCAUCAUUCCGAGGGAAGAAGGGAAGCUCAUAUUUGAAGCAAACCCUAAAAAGAAGGCCAAAAACAUCUAUAAGAACAAGAAUAGUCGUCCGCUUCGCACUAACCAGGUCUAUGCCCAAGACGAAGGCACUACCCGCACCCAACUUUAUACCAGUCACUUUGAGAUGGCAAAAAUGAUUGCAGGAAAGAGAAGUCCCUUGAGUAAGCCCCUGCUUGGCAUGAAUCCUUUCCAGAAGAAUCCCAAACAUGCAUCAGUGUUUGCUGAAAGUGGAAUCAAUUAUGACAAGCCCCUGCCUCCAAUUCAGGUUGCUUCCCUGCGUGCUGAACGUAUUGCUAAGGAGAAGAAGGCUUUAGCUGAACAGCAGAGAAACCAGCAGCAAACAGGGAUGCAGCAACAACAGCAACAGCAGCAGACCAAUCAACAGCAAACCCAGCAAUUAGCUGGGCAACAAACACAGCAACCUCAGCCUCCAGCACAGCCCCAGCCCCAGCCCCAGCCCCAGCCCCAGCCCCAGGCUCAGCCCCAGCCCCAACCCCAGCCCCAGCCCCAGCCUCAGGCUCAGCCCCAGCCCCAGCCCCAGCCCCAGCCCCAGCCCCAGCCCCAACCUCAGCCUCAGGUAGCCCAGCAGCCCCCAGCUUUGGUGCAGCCUGCAGCAACUACUGGAACCAGCUCCGCAAUCUUGGCUGGAACAAUCCAACCCUCAGUCACGGGAACGUGCAUCCAGACAGCUACAGUGAAUGGGAAUGUCCUCGUGAACACAGUGGCUGGCAUCCCAGCAGCUGCUUUCCAGCCCAUCAAUAAGCGUCUCGCCUCACCAGUUAUGCCUGGACCACUGGCAGCUUCAGGCGCUGGCACUCCUGCUCCAGUGGUUCAUAGCCAGCCUCGGCCUGCCACUGCACCUGCUGCUUCUACCGAGCUCCUCUCUGUGGCAUCCACGCAGGCGGUGCGAGCAGUCACUCCGAUCCCAGCAUCCACUGUGGCCAUGAGCAAUCUGACCCCUGUGCAGGCUCAGACAAGGUCAUUGGUGACUCAGGUAACACAAGGGACGGCCACAGGAGUUCAGAUCUCCAGCAAAACCAUCCCUCCUGCCCACAUUCAGCUUCUCAGGCAGCAGCAGCAGCAGCAGCAACAGCAGCAGCAACAGCAGCAGCAAGUAGCAACCCAGGAGCACUUGAUCAAAUUGCAGAAGCAUAAACUGCAGCUGGCGUCCCAGCCAACAACCCCACAGCCAGCUCUGCCAGGACCACAGCCAGCUUCAGCACCUCCUCCGAUGCCCCCUCUACUGCCGCCUCCAGCACCUUCCCCCCAGAUCACUGCUGUCCAGGCCCCCAGGCCUGGAGCAGUGCUGGCCGGCACCACUGUGGCCAACCUCCAAGUCACUCGCCUUACCCGUGUGACCACUUCCCAGCUUCCAGCUCCAGGACAGACUGCCCCUGCAGCUGCUGCCAAACCUCCUGUGACAUCAUCGCCGGCAGUUACAGUGACAAGGACAGGAAUUGGGGGGGCUCUCAGCCAGCCCCAGAAAGUUACAGGACCCACAGUAGUGGCUCAGCCAUUGCAUGUGCAACAGCUUCUGAAACUCAAGAACCACCAGCAGCAGAAAAUCAUUCACCCGCAGAAUCAAGCUACUGUCCAGCAAAAGAUCAGUGCACAGCAAGUUACUGUCCAGCAGCAGAAAGUGGCUUAUGCUCCUCAGCCCAGCAGUAAAACCCACUUCCUGACGACACCUUUGUCCCAGGCCCCAAAGCCCACAGGAGCUCAGCAAGUGCCAGCCCCAAUACAGGUCGCAAAGAUUCCUCAAGUUGUUCAGCAACAAACAACAGUGACCAAUAUUCAACAGAUGGUCUCUGUUUCCCAGCAGGUUCAGCCUCAACCACACACCGUGACGAUGUCCCAGACUGCGGCCGGCCCACACCAAGUACAAGUGCUUCCUGCAACGACAGUGGCUCCUCAGGCAGCUCAGCAGAAGCUUGUACAGCAGCAAGUCGUGACCCCUGCCACACCACAGCUGCAGGUCUCAGGGGGACCCAACCCUGGACAGGUCCCUCCAGCCUCGGACGGGCAGAGUCAGCAAUCCAAAGGGCAGAUGCGGAUGUCUGCAGUCAGAUUGAAGGCACUACCUAAAUCCAACUGAAAGGUGCCUGAAUACAGGCAGCCAGAGAGAAUUUGGAAAUGCCGGGGAACAAGAGUUAUCUUAAAACACCUUUAAAAAGUUACAUUUUAAUCUCUACCUGUACCCCAAACUCACAGGUUUUAGGAGGAAAUUGGCAAAAUCCUACUUUUUAAGAGAUGACCCUUGUUCUUAUUGGACCAUUAUUUCUAAGUAUUGAUGUGAACGACAUCUGUCCCUUCCAUUUAAGAGUUCCAUAGAGGGGCGGCUAGGUGGCGCAGUGGAUAGAGCACCGGCCCUGGAGUCAGGAGGACCUGAGUUCAAAUCUGGCCUCAGACACUUAACACUUACUAGCUGUGUGACCUUGGGCAAGUCACUUAACCCCAAUUGCCUCACUAAAAAAAAAAAAAAGAGUUCCAUAGAGCUUGUCAGAGACAUUCUCUGCCCUCUUAGAGUGGAUGGUCCGACACGGCAGCCCUUAAUGUCAUAGGCCAUUUUGUCCAUUCAGAUGUAGGACUGACUGGCCUGGGCCGUAAGCUUCCUGGGCAAAAUUGGCUGCCUUGCCUUUCCACAAGCAUUCCCUCCUAGAACAGGUCUGGGUGUGAUGUGAUCUCUUCAAUCCAUUGUCCUUCAGUGUGACCGUCUGCGCCCGCACUGCUUUGCACAUUAGUAGGUGCCUAAUAAAUGUCUGUUGAAUUGAAUCUGGAUGUAUAGUGAAGAUUUUAACAAAAGUUCAUUGUCUGUUCUUGUAAUUCUUUGGAACUGUUGGUAGUUCUGUGUACAUUUCCUGAAGCUGUGUGUGCGUGUGUGUGUGCGUGUGUGUGCGCUCGCGUUUGCUUUCAUUCUUCACUUUGUGAUUAUGGUUAUUCUUGGAAUGUAAUGAGUGUGUUGAUCCUAGUUCUAUGUAUAGUAAAAACUGUAACCCUUUUGUAAAAGGAGUAUUCAUUUUGUAUCUCGGAGAAUUUCCUAUUUGUCUAGUUUGAUACUUCCAGUUUGGGAGAAUUUUUAACUGCUGGGGUUUAAUUUAAGUUUCAUUUGCUUUUGUGAUGUUUCUGUGUUCAGUAUAAAAUCUAUUCAGCCUUCAGCUGGGGAAGAGAGGAAAGUAAACAAAACUCAAGAUGAAUUCCGAAUUGUGCAAAGAAUACACUUUUAUAUGAUUAUUUUACUAAAGUGAAUAAUGAAUGUAUAUUCAGGUAGAUGUUUGGAGGAUGAGGUCACAAUCUAUUACUGUCCUAAAGGAGCUUGCCUCGUGUUUAAGAAACGAUACUAUAUAAUGUACGGUCCUAAGACUUAUCCACAGAGGAACCUUUUGAAAAUAAAGCUUGCUUAUGGAAGAGGCCCAAGGAGCUCCUCUUAAAUUUGGUCCUGCUCUUUACUUUGACUGUGGCUUAUGUGACAGUGAUAAGGAUUUUUCCAUUACAUUUCAUCAAGUGGACUUUCUAAAAGUAUUUUUUUUUUCUGCAGUGUGGGAUUAUUUGAUAUUUUGGUGGUCGUUUAAUUAAAAAUAAAAGCAUUUUUUACAUUAUGAAACAACUUUAAAGAUAUGACAACAUGGGGGGCAGGUAGGUGGCACAGUAGAUAAAGCACCAGUCCUGGAUUCAGGAGGAGCUGAGUUCAAAUCCAACCUCAGACAUGACACUUACUAGCUGUGUGACCCUGGGCAAGUCAAAACCCUCAUUGCCCCACCAAAAAAAAAAAAAUGACAUUAUUGGAUUGGUAUUAGGUGAGAUGUAAUGGCAAUGAAAGAGAUGGGCUUCUCAGUUUCAAGUAGGGAAGACAGGUCCAGUGGUUCUGGUACAGGUCAAGACUGUUAGGUCUCCUGGGGACUGGAAUGGUUUCUGGUCUGUGUCCCUUUUCUGGGUCACUCAGAUUACCCAUUUCCCUGACUGUGAAACCACUGUGUUACCCAUUUAUCUUUCAGGACUUUCUAAAGGGGCAGUGAGGUAGGCGCAAGGUGCCAUUUGAGUUUGUUAAAUUUGGCAAUGAAAAGAACAACAUUCUGCAAAUCCCUGGUGUGUUAGUGCCCACUUCAGAAUGAUGCCAAGUUAGCUUGCAUUUCCUUUGGAACAUUCAGCUCCGUGUCCUGUGCAAAUACUGUGUGGUCUGCCAGAGGCAGUUGGUUCUGUGGCCCAUCCGCCAAUCAGCAAAGAGGGAAACACCUUUCUUAACUUAAAAAAAAAAUCUUUCUCUCUCCCAGUGGUCGACUGGCACUAGGAAGGCAGGGCCAAGUAUAACUUACUCACGAAUGUGGACGCUCGUACUUGCUAUGUAGGAUUGUAUGGAAUUGUGAUGUACCCUACCAAACAGAGAGCGUAAUAAAGUGUACAUUUGUAUA